AUGUCUGACUGGUUGUCCACUAUUACUUCACAUCUAGCUAGCAUCGACCUGGACGAAUGCAUAGAGCGAAUCUACAAACGGGAAUUAUUGGCCGAUUCGGUUAUCGAAGCGAUAUGUUCCAAGGCAAAGGAAUUGUUAAUGAAGGAGAGUAAUGUUGUACACAUUGCUGCUCCGGUCACCGUUGUCGGCGACAUACACGGCCAGUUUUACGACCUGAUUGAGAUUUUCAAGAUUGGAGGAUUCUGCCCAAAUACGAAUUACUUAUUUCUUGGCGACUAUGUUGAUCGAGGGCUCUUCAGCGUAGAGACAAUCUCCUUGCUCAUCUGCUUAAAACUCCGAUACCCCGAAAGAGUCCAUCUUAUUCGUGGAAACCAUGAAUCGCGAGGCGUCACGCAGUCGUACGGUUUCUACACCGAAUGUGCUCGCAAAUACGGAAACGCCAACGUCUGGCACUACUUUACCGACAUGUUCGACUUCCUCACUCUCAGCGUGGUUAUAAACAAUCAAAUUUUUUGCGUUCACGGCGGCCUUUCUCCUUCCAUCCAUUCAAUAGAUCAAAUUAAAAUCAUCGACCGGUUCCGUGAGAUACCCCACGAAGGCCCCAUGGCAGACCUGGUCUGGUCAGACCCGGAUACGGAGCGAGACGAGUUUUCUUUAUCUCCUAGAGGUGCAGGUUACACUUUUGGAGCGCAGGUGGUUAGGAAGUUUUUGGAAGUGAAUAGCAUGUCUCAUAUACUGCGUGCGCAUCAGCUGUGUCAAGAGGGCUAUCAGGUCCUCUACGACGACCGGCUAAGUACCGUGUGGAGCGCCCCAAAUUAUUGUUACCGAUGUGGGAACUUGGCGAGCGUGCUAGAGGUCAGCGACACUGGCGAGCGAUUCUUCAACAUCUUCGAUGCAGCGCCGGAAAACAACGACGUUCACCGUGGAGAACAGCCGAAUCAGCAAGGAAAGGAAGGCCAGAAUCCUGUUAUUGAGUAUUUCCUAUGA